ACCGGAAGUAAUUGUCAGGUUAAUAGUCGAAGUCAUCAAGACGUUUUCGCCCCAUUAUUUGAAUCGAUCAUCUUCAAGUUCAUUCUUGACCAAAAAGACAAAAAAAUCUUAAGUUACUUGAGAAGAGCAGAUAAAUAAACUACUUUGAUUGAUUUCGAAUGGAAGACCAAGACAAUCAAGAUGUAGUACAGAGGUUCAAAGCAAAGAAAUUUAACAGGACCUUUACUGUCACAAAACCAGAAUGUAAUAGGGCUGCGGAAACACAACAUAACAAUGGUGCUAUCAUAAUACCAGACACUCCAAGUCCAGUGUUUUCAAGAUUCUCUGGUAAAAGAGACAGACUUUUUGAGCAUGGAAAAUCUCAACCUGAAUGUGUUAGAAAGAAAGCUAGGAAAUCUCUUGAACCAACAGAAAAUAUAGGUCCAUAUUUUCAAUCAGAUCGUACUAAUGAAACAAAGCAUGCAGGAAGUGCUAUAGCAGCUUCAAGAAAAAAAAUGGACUCCUGCUUUUUAAGUCAAUGUGAAAAUGAAGGAAGAAAGAAGAAACACACAAUGGAAACUGAUAAAUAUUUUCAGGAUUUGUGGACUGAUUAUAUUGAGAGCAAUAAUCCUACUGGCUCUGUAACAAAUAUGUCACCAACUCAGAUGAGGAAAAAGCAGAAAGAUAUAGAUGCUGAUUUUGAGGUUCUUGUGAAAGAAAGUGAAGACCAUCUGUCUGCCCUGUUGAAAGAAAGAAAUGAAACUGUCAUUCAAAAGAGAAAUAAGAGUUUCUGCGAACCUAGAAAGAAAAGGCUUGCUCUGGAUGCUGACAGUGCUGCUCAUUCACACAAAUAUCAAAACAAUUCUCUUGAAUUAACCCCAGAUAGACAAAAAAAUGGGCCAAUGUGUAAGAGACAGGGGGAGGAUUCUGAUUGUAUUCAUAACAAAUUUUCUAGACUUAAAAUGGACAGACAGGAGAAAGAACGAAUUGACAGAUUACUUGAUAGUUCUGAUAGUUGGUCACCAGAACUGCCUUCAUCAUAUAACAAACAAAGAAUACCUCAGGGGAAAUUCCAGUUAAGUCCUUGUGGCUGGCCAUCAGACUCAGAUUCAGACACCAAUUUAGAUAAUUCAGACACAGUUCCCUUACGUGAACUUAUUGGUCGAGAUUUGUCUGAUAAAAAAAAGAGUUGCAAAGAUACAGUCAUGACAAAUAAAGAAAUUGUGAACAAAAAUGGUCGUGAUAGAAUUCUCAUGUAUGAAAAAAAAAAGCUUGAUUCAAAAGGCCUCAAACAUUUUGUUCCAAAAAGAGAGUUAAAGGAGAAAUAUUUCUGCUCACCUAGACUUGAAAGUAAAAAUGGUGUUAAAAGAAGUACACAAACUUUUGAUUCACAAAACUCAAAAGUCUCAGGUACAGGAAAUGAUAAAAUCCCCUCGCAAACAUCAAGAAUAGGCCAAAUUGUACAAACUUCUACCUCAAACAUGCCAAAUGAACAGAAUAUGUCAGCUAUAUCUAUAUCAAGUGCUGACAGCCAAGAAACUCCUCCACGAGACAUUGACAAUGUCAUUUUCCAUACAGAAGAUAAUUUUUCUCCAUUAGCACAAUCAAAUUUCACAAAUGGUUUCCAUCCAACUUUUUCCAGUCCAAGAUUGCCUGUACCAAUUUCCAUACGUAGAGGUAGACAUGCAGACAGAAGAUCUCGCCCAGAAAGGAUUAUGGAUGACUUUGAUCCAUCACCUGCAGAACUAAUGUCUGACCAAGUCCGACCGUCUGCUAGUAAUUCCCCUCCAUCAAGAGAUCAUAGAUUAUUAUCUCCAAUGAAUAGAUCAAGAUGGGCCAGAAGUCACAAAGGGAGAUUGUCCAGAACAAGGAAUUUAAGUCGUGAUAGUGUAUCAAGCCAUGGUUCUGAUUUCAUGUUGGCAUCACGUCUGUUGACACCAAGGACAAAUGAUGCAGUGCAGCGAGUCCAACAGCACCAAAAUGAUGAAGAUUUUGCAAGACGUUUGCAGGAAGAAAUGGACAUGGAGUUUGCCAUGUCAUUACAAAACCUUGAGACUGGUCCCCAAGCUGAGCCUACCACCACCAGUACCAGUAGUGGUACUGGUCCCCAAGCUGAACCUACCACCAACAGUACUAGUAGUGGUACAACAGAUGAUGAUUCUGAUAACAGAACACAUCAAAAUAGAACAAGGCUGUAUGGACUGGAAGAUAUUGAGACUUUUAUUAAUCUUCCUGAUGAGGUUUCCCCAAAUAUAGAGCAAAUGAUACGAGCUACCAGAAGUACAACUCCACCUCGAACCCGGACCAGACAGAGAGGAAGCAGACGACAAAGAAACUCUAACAGUCUUGAAGCUCUAAGUAGAAUGGAAGCGCACUUGAUGUCUAUUCUUGAUGACUACGGUACAUCUCCUGUCAGGGGUCAGAACAGAAGAGGACGGCGUUUCUUCCCAGCAUUCAAUGUUUCUGCAUCUGAAGGACAGGAUUACGAGGAGUUGCUGAAUCUGGCGGAAAUGUUGGGUGAUGUAAAACCACGAGGUUUGACUAAACACCAAGUAACCAAACUACCUGAGAGGAAGUACCAGGUGUGUCCUGGAGAGGAAGUAAAGGAAUGUCUUGUCUGUAUGUGUGAAUUUGAGGACAAGGAUCAGCUUAGAAUCCUGCCUUGCUUUCAUGAAUUCCAUACUCCAUGCAUAGAUAAAUGGAUUGGAGUUAAUGCUACAUGUCCAGUUUGCAGAGUAGUGGUGAAUGUUUGAAUGUGUUCUGAUAAAGACAAUGUGCAAUUAUAUGGAAUACCAAUUACCUGUAUAUAAAUGUGUUACCUUACAUGUCAUAAGACGUACAUAUAGACAGACACAAUGUAUAACAUAUUCAUUUGUAUUAUUUUUAAAGAAGAAUGAUCACACAUCCAUGUUUAAAUCUCCUAUUGGUGUUAAAACUCAAACAAUAGAAAAGCAUCCUUCAAGGGGUAGACCAUUUGUAUAACAAGUACUGCAAAUGUACUUUUUUUCCAGAAAUGUUAGUGAUAGAUUUAUUUAAAAAAAAAAAGGAAUAUAUGUGAAUUUAAAUCCAGAUAUUGAUGGAUGUAACAACCAUUUAAUGGAUAUCACUGUAGUUAACAAAUAUUCAUGCCUGUUAACCAUGUUGCCCUUAGAUUUCGCUGGAGUUAACAAAUAUUCAUGCCUGUUUAGGGACGACAUCAAAAGAUCGAUGAAGGAUAAAAAACUUGAAUCAAAUAGUUUGGGGAUGGGGGUUAACAUUGCUGCUAGUUUUGUUAAUCUGAAAUAGAUUUUACAUAUAUCCAUAUAGGUAAACCAAUUUUUCCCAAAUUAAGUUAAGAGGGGGGGUAGGGGGGUCAAAGAAAAAACUAUGUGAAUUAAGUUUUUUAUCCUUCAUUGAACUUUUGAUAUCGUUCCUUACCAUGUUGCCCUUAGAUAUCACUGGAGUUAACAAAUAGUCAUGCCUGUUUACCAUGUUGCCUUAGAUAACCUCAAUUGACUGUUCAAAAAACGCCAGUUAAUGUUAUAGAAAUUUAUUUAAGAAUGAAAAAAAAAAAAUUGUGAAAAAUAAUAUCCUGACCACUAUUGAAGUAUAUAAAGACUUAUUAUACCCCCGCUUUAGAAAAGGGGGGGUAUACUGUUUUACCUCUGUCUGUCAGUCCGUCCCAUGAAUAUUUUUGUCACAUUUUUCUCACGAACUACAAUACAAGGAUUUCUGAAAUUUGGUUUCAGGGUUUAUCUAAGUCAGCUAUACAACUUCCUGUUUACCGAACACUUGCAUAUUUUUACACUAUUAAUAUUAUCCACUUGCGGCGGGGGUAUCAUCAGUGAGCAGUAGCUCGCAGUUUCACUUGUUAAACCUCUAUCAAAACACAAGGUUGAUGUAAGAAUAAUCUUUGUCUAUUUUAUUUAAAAAUUGUUAAACAAAUGAAAAUCCAAUUAAUGAAAAUUUUAAGAAUUACAAAGCAGCUAUUUAGGUUCAGAUAUCUUUGGAAAUACCGUGAAAUGAAAUACACAUGAAUUUAUCAACAAUACCAAGAUUGAAAAAAAGUACUCCCGAAAAAAGUACAUAAACAGUAGUUAUUACUUAAAGGAAAUACAUAUUGCAAAAUGUGGUACACAUAAAACAGACUGUAUUUAGAAACAAGCAAAUAGUGCUUAUAUUAUUAUUUUUCUACUGGAGAAGAUAUCUUCAUGAACUUAUGAGUAUUUUAAUUCUAAUUUAGUUAUUCAUGUUAUUGUUCUUUAAUUAUAAAAACAAUUUACUGAGGGGUAUUUUUGUUUGUUUUGGUAAUGAACAUAUGCUGAUAUCUUUUCUUUUUUUUUGUUUUGAUUUUAUUGUAGAAUUAGCGAGAGAAAAACAAUGAGGAUUUAGAAAUCCAAAAAGUACACUAAUUUUCACCAUUGGUAAAAUAGAUUCUGAUUUCUUUUAAAGUGCACAUGAUAUAUACUUCAAAGUGGAAAUUAUCGUUUAUUUAAAAUAUAAUUGAUAAGUGUAGAGGAAAUAUGCAGUAAUAAGAUUAACGGUACCAAUUUUUUUUUACAAUUCAAAGAUAAGUGCAAUGAGGCUGCAUAAAUAAUAGGGUUUUAGAAAAAAAUCCAUUAAAUGUAUUACACUACCAGUAAUGGAAGCUCUAAAUACAUAAUGUGCUUAUGCAAUGGUUUUUCAUCCCUGACAUAGAAACAUAACAUUCUGAUCUAACCUAAGAUACAGCCCAGUUGCAUUAGAACUCUUGAGAAGGUAUUUUUACAUUCAAACUCAUUCAUAAAAACCGACAAUGUCCUGUUGAAAACAAAUAAAAAUUACAAUAAGACACCAGUCUACAACACAAACCAUAGACAAUAAAAGACUGAACAAUUUGAACCUCCAAAAACUGGAUGAUCUUGGAAGAUCAGAUAGGGUAGGCAAAUCCUGCUCCACAUUUGUCACUGGUCAUGUUGUCUGUUUUUGGUGUGUACUUUCAGUGGUUAUUGAAAUAUAUUUGACUUUUCUGUAUGACCCACUUGUCCCACUUUUGAUUCAAAGUUUAUUUUUGACUGAUCAGGUUAAUUAGUGAAGCUACUUAUUUAUGAUAUAAUUAAUGUCUGGCAAGACAACUUUUAUGUUUAUGCUUUUAUUUUUUAAGAUUUAUAUCCAAUAAUUUAUAUGCAUUGUUGCAUAUUUUACUGAAUGAAAUUAGUAUUUCCCUUUCUACUUAUGUAUGAUUAAAAAUUCCCUUUUUUGAUAAGAAUAUCACCUUAAGAUUCAUAGGGCAGUGGGUGAAAAGUAUAUUAUCUUACCUCCUAUACAUUUCUAGGAAUAGGAUUGGUGGAGAGCGUUCUUGUGGAAAAGAAAUAUAUUUAAUAUUAGGUUAGUUGGAAGGUGGGGCUUAUUUCAUACACGGUUAGUAGUGGAGUUGCGUCCCUUUAUAUUCCAAAUAAGGUAGUAAGGAGGCGGGGCUUAUUUCAUACACGGUUAGCAGUGGUGUUACGUCCCUUAAGAAAAACAUAACAGCACUGAGAAAAAAUCUUAAGGGUUUCAACAGACAAAGAAAGUGAUGAUAAAGUGAAAUAAAUUCAUAAAACACAUUUAAAUCCAAAAAGUUGUCAUUGUUGGCAUCUGUUUUUGUAGGAUCAAAGAAAGUAGUUUCUUAAUCAUGUUAAUGCUAACUGUAUUGAAGACUUGCUUGUUUUGAUAGGUCACUAGUCUUAAUUUUACACCUUAAGAUAGUUGGUAAGAUAAAUUUGUUACAUAGUGUGCUAGUGAAGUAAUACGGUAUAUAUGGGGUCAGUAAAUUCCAUAUGUGGAUUCAAGCUUCGAUCUCACCCCAUAUUGAAUUUACUGACCCCAUAUAUACCGUAUUAGGUCACUAGCACACUAUGUUACUAAUAGUAUUUCCAAUAUGAUACAUAAUGAUAUUUUGAUAUUGCUGUAUGAUAGUUUAUUGUGUUAAAGUUGGAUUUUUCAAAGAUGGUGUUAUUUAUCAAAUUCCAUGUCACAUGUUUUUUCAUGAAUCAUUAUUAUUUGCAAUAUUAAAUGCAUGUUAAAGCAUUUA